AUGUCUGCAGCCGAUGUGAACGCUGCUGCCCCUACCACCGGCCAAAACGGUGCCUCGGACGCUCCUACCCAGAAUGGCGCGCCUGCGAUCAACACCAGCGUUGCGCAGUCUGAAUCUGGCAACGACAACGAUGCGUCCACCCCGUACUCGGCUUCCCCGUCUACCGCGGCUCAGCACUCUGCGUCUCUGUACGUCGGAGAGCUGGAUCCCUCCGUCACUGAGGCUAUGCUCUUCGAACUGUUCUCGUCCAUCGGUCAAGUCGCCUCCAUCCGCGUUUGCCGCGACGCUGUCACUCGUCGCUCGCUCGGUUAUGCCUACGUCAACUACAACAACACCGCCGACGGAGAGAGAGCUUUGGAAGAUUUGAACUACACCAGCAUUAAAGGCCGUCCCUGCCGUAUCAUGUGGUCUCAGCGUGAUCCCGCCCUACGCAAGACUGGACAAGGUAAUGUCUUCAUCAAGAACCUGGAUGCGGCCAUCGACAACAAGGCGCUCCAUGACACUUUCUCGCAGUUUGGCAACAUCCUGAGCUGCAAAGUCGCUCAGGACGAGCUUGGCAACUCCAAGGGUUACGGAUUCGUCCACUAUGAGACCGCCGAGGCCGCCAACCAAGCCAUCAAAUCCGUUAACGGCAUGUUGUUGAACGACAAGAAGGUCUUUGUUGGCCACCACAUUGCCAAGCGUGAUCGCCAGAGCAAGCUCGAGGAAAUGAAGGCGAACUUCACCAAUGUCUAUAUCAAGAACAUUGACGAGUCAGUCUCGGAUGAAGAAUUCACCAAGCUCUUCGAGCCGUACGGCGAGGUUGUCUCGGCCACCAUCACUCGCGAUGAGAAUGGCAAGAGCCGUGGUUUUGGCUUCGUCAACUUCGCUAGUCACGAGUCGGCAGCCAAGGCUGUGGAGGAGCUCAAUGACAAAGAGUUCCACGGCAAGAAGCUGUACGUCGGACGUGCUCAGAAGAAACAUGAGCGUGAGGAGGAACUUCGGAGACAGUACGAGGCCGCUCGCAUGGAGAAGGCUUCCAAGUACCAAGGUGUCAACCUCUACGUCAAGAACUUGACUGACGAUGUCGAUGAUGACAAGCUCCGUGAACUCUUCAGCAGCUAUGGUACCAUCACCUCGGCCAAGGUCAUGCGCGACAGUGCCGAGCGCACCGCCUCUCCUGCCAAUGACAAAGACAAGGAGAACAAGAAGGCCGAAACUACCGAGGGCGAGUCGGAGCAGAAGGCUGAAUCUCAAGAGAAGGAUGAAUCCAAGGAGGAGUCCAAGGAGGAAACUAAGGAGUCCAAGGAGACUAAGAAAGAGAACAAGAAGAACCUGGGCAAGAGCAAGGGUUUCGGUUUCGUCUGCUUCAGCAACCCCGAUGAGGCUUCCAAGGCCGUCUCGGAAAUGAACCAGAAGAUGGUUAAUGGCAAGCCGCUUUACGUUGCUCUCGCCCAGCGCAAGGAUGUUCGCAGAAAUCAACUCGAGGCUAGUAUCCAAGCACGGAACACCCUUCGCCAACAGCAACAAGCCGCAGCUGCCGGCAUGCCUCAAGGUUACAUCCAACCCACUGUUUUCUAUCCCGGUCAGCAGUUCCUUCCUCCGGGUGCUCAGCGCGGCAUGCCCUUCGCAGGCCAACCUGGCAUGGUCAUCCCUGGAAUGCAAGGCGGACGUGGACAGUUCCCUGGUGGAUUCCCACAAGGAGGCCGCGGCAUCCCUCAAGGUCAACAGCUUCCUCCCAACUUUGGUCUUCCUGGACAGAUGCCUUUCAUUCAGAACCCGGCUCUCGUCAACGGCAUGUACAACAACCCUCAAGCAUUGGCUCAGAUGCAGGGUCAGAUGGGUCGUGGCGCAGGUGGCCGUGGCCAGAUGCAAGGCAUGCAGGGUAUGCCACCUAACAUGCAGGGCAUGGGUGGUAUGCGUGGCGGACCAAACUUCCCUCAGGGCGGCCGAGGCGGCAUGCAGAACAUCCCAGGUGGCCAAGGAGCUGGACGUAUCCCGCCGCAGGGACGAGGUCAGAUGAUUCCCAACCGUGAGGAGAUCAACACCCCCAGCAGCCUCCACAACCUGGCAUCUCUGCCCCAGAGCCAGCAAAAGCAGAUCCUCGGCGAAGCAAUCUACCCGAAGAUCCAACAGAUCCAACCAGAACUUGCAGGCAAGAUCACUGGUAUGCUUUUGGAGAUGGACAACUCCGAGCUUCUCUCAUUGGUUGAUGAUGACGCUGCUCUGCGUUCCAAGGUCGACGAGGCUCUCCGCGUGUACGACGACUACAUGAAGAGCCGUAACGCUGAAGCCGGUCCCAAUGGCACCAAGGAGGAAGAGGCACCCAAGGCUGAAGGUGCUGAGGCCUCUGCCGCUUGA